GUGAGUUACCUUCUGCCAGUAAAACGACUGAACUCAAGACAAAAGGAAAGAAAGCGCUGUUUUUAGAGAGUUUUAGUUAAGUCGUGGUUAGUGGAAAGAAGUUGCCUUUAUUUCGGUAUUUGUUAGGAGUUGUAUCGUCUUGUUAUGGAGUUUGGUGAAGAGUCGUCGCCCGCUCUGGCUUUCGAGAAGGACGCGUUUGAGCUCACGGUGGAGGAUGUGUAUGACAUUUCGUAUGUAAUCGGACGAGAUUUGUUGAAAAUAAGCAGCACGGGAGAUGAAGUGUCGGAUUUACAGUUCAGGAUAGUCCGCGUGCUGGAAAUGUUCGAGACUUUGGUGAAUAAGUACAACUUGUCUCUGGAGGAGCUGAAAAUGGAGCGGGACAACUUAAAGAGUGAACUGGACAGGAUCAUUAAGGAGAGCUCCUCUGCUCAGGGCACGCAAACAGUGGGGCCAAACCAGCUGCUGGUGGACCUCACAGACCCCAACAGACCGCGGUUCACCAUGCAGGAGCUGAAGGAGGUGCUGCAGGAGAGGAACCAGCUCAAGGCUCAGCUCAUGGUGGCUCAGGAGGAGCUGCAGCUGUACAAGAGUGGGAUUCUGCCACAGGGUGAACCAGCCAUGGUCGAGGUGGAUCUGGAGACGCCAGCACCCACAGAGCUCAGUCCAGUCACGAUAAAUGAUGCAAAAGAGGAGAAGACGACCAUAGGCAAACUGUUUUCAUUCAGGCGAAAAUGAGAAAAAAACUUUCUCAAGAACUGGCCAUGUAGAAGACAAACAGGAUUUGUCGGCACAAUUUUCUCAUCAGUUAACCACUUUUUAUAAUGAUUAUUUUUUACUAUGUCUGUUUGUAAAUCUAACAAGCACUGUAUUUUGUACUGGAAAUUUAAACCUAAGGUGGUUUAUGGCAGGGAUACCCAACUUUCUUUGCCUGGGGGGCACUUUUGCAAAAAUUGAAGGAGACCAGGGGUCAGUUAAUAAUAAAACAUUUACGAUAAAAAGGUUUUAAACCUUACAACUUUUGCUGUCCUCACUCAUAUUUGCUAAAAGGCAAAUCCAGUCGCAGCAGCCCCAUACAUUUCUGGUGUAUGUAGGGGCAUUUCUAGGAUUUUAUGACAUUGGGGGCUUAACUCGGACCUCUUACCAUUAUUGUAGAAAGAAAAAAAAGCUCCUUUUUUAUGUACUCUGUCACACUUUUUAUAUUUUAAGUACAAAAAAAAUCUCAGUGUUAAUAAGUUUAUUUUUAUGAUGAAUUUGAAAUUGGUCGGCGGGCCACCUGGUACUCUAUAACUGGCCACACGUGGCCCACAGGCUGUAAGUUGAGUAUCACUGGUUUAUGAUGAUUCAGAGUCAUUGUAGUAGAAAUAUAUAUUAAAUGGAAGGUUUGGUGAAGAUAUAAACUGGAAAGUAUUAUCUAACUAGUGUUGGAUAUUAUGCUGAAUGCAUUUACUCAAAAUGAAGUUAUUUAUAGGCUUGAAAAUGUUUUUCUUUUUCUAUAAAUCAAAAUUAAAUCUUUAAGGGGCUUCAUGUUGGUCCAGUAAUCUGAAACACAUUUUUCUUUGUCACUUUAAACUGUUAGCUGUCAUAUAAAGCAUAAGGACCCACCAACAUUUAAAGUAGUAAUAAAAAGACAUAGUAUUUUGAAUAGUUUUUUCUGGGGUUGAAUAUUUAAAAAGCUUCCAUGUUAUUUCACAUUAAUAUUUCGGGUUCUGAUCUCGUGUCAAUGUAGAUAAAUUACAACAGACAGAAGUACGAGGACCACAGCAUCACUUAACUUCACAUGUAUGUCAGGAUGAUGAGGAUUUAGUGUUUAUCUAUAAUGCAAAAUGGCAUUUCAU